AUGUCUGAUGUCGAUGACGAACUGCUCGCGCUGGCUGGUGGCGAUGUGUCCUCGGAUGAGGAAGCCAUGGAGUUGAGCCGGGAGGACUCACGCUCACCAUCACCAGCGCCAGCAUCGUCGAGGGAGAAGGAGGCAUCGUCAAGGGGCGUGGCGGCAAAAAAGGCGACGACGAGCCAAAGAAGGCGCGCAAGCAGGAGUGACAAUGAGUCGGAGGACGAGGGUGAGGCAUCCUCGGCCCCAGGCUCUCCAGACUCGCAAAUGUCCGCUCCCAUGGACGAAUCUGAUUCCGACUCCGAUGCCCCCAACAACCGCGGUGCCGAUGACGACCUGCAGUACCCCGUCGAGGGCCUCUUCAGGAACCAUGAGGAGAGGGCCCGCAUCAUGAACAUGCGAGAAAUCGAGCGCGAGCAGAUCCUAGCCGAGCGUAGGGAAGAGAGCGAGCGGAUCCGACAGAACCGCAUGCUGCGCCAGCUCAAAGUCAACCAGGAGAAAGACAGCAAGAAGCGCAAAGCGAGCGCCGCCGAUCUCGAGGAUGCCGCCCGCAAGCCCGCCCGCGCCCGCACCAAGGCCGGCGAGAGCAGCGACAAGAUGGACACCUUGCGUCGCGCCCGCGAGGAGCGCAGCAACCGCAAGGAACAGAGAGAGCGCGAGAACGACCGCCGCCGCCAACGCUCGCCGUCCUACCGCCGCAGCCGCAGCGCCGACGACCACGACAGUGAUAAUGAUUGGCGGAGGGAGUCGAGGCAAAAGUCGAGGACCCCCGAGUUGAGGGAGACCCCGCCCGCUGAGCUCCGCGAUGUCGAGCGCAUCCGUGUCGGGCGUACUCGAUUCGCCGAGGUCUGCUUCUACCCUGGUUUCGAGAAGGCCAUUACUGGUUGCUAUGUUCGCAUCAACAUCGGCCCUGAUCCGUCAACGCGCCAGGAUGUGUACCGCAUGGCUGUCAUCAAGAGCUUCACCCAGGGCCGGCCGUACGCGAUAACAGAUCGCGGUGGACACCAAAUCGUCGUCGAUCUCUACGUCAAGGCGGCCCAUGGUAAAGCACAGCGCGAGUGGCCCUUCAUCACCUGCUCCGACCGGGGCUUCACCGAGGCCGAAUGGAACCGUUACAAACAAGUCUGCCUAUCCGAGGGCGUCACUGUGCCCACCCGGCCCGAGCUCGUCUCCAAAAUCGCCGACAUCAACGGCCUAAUCGAGCGCACCUGGACAGACCUAGAAGUCUCAGAAAAGCUCAAGCGCCAAAAUGCCCUCCACAUCAAGUACAGCGGCGUCGAGCGCGACCAGCUCACUAAGCAACUCGACAUCGCCCGCGCCCGCGGCGACCACGAAGCCGCCGCUCGCUUCCGAGACAAACUCGACACCCUCGAGACCCCGCGCCUCGCCUUCCGCACCUCCCUCAACACCGCCGCCAAAAAGAAGGCCGACGCCUCCGCGCGGGGCCCAACCCAGCAGGAAAAACUCGCCUUACUCAACGCCGAGAACCGCAAACGCAAUGCUGAAAACGUCCGCAAGGCGCAGCUGCUCGAACUGGCGCGCGCCCGCAGCGAGGUCGACUCAACCCCCGGCACACCCCUCGGUUCUGGUGCGGCAGCAAACGGCAACGGCAAUGGGGGGGAUGGGACGCCGAGCAAGUCAGGCCUGCUGCCGCAUAUUGCUAAGCUGCAGGCGCAGCAGCGCAGCCAGACUAAGACUGGUUUGCCGGUUAUUCAUAAGCCGUUGAUGGAUGAUGAUAUUAUUGGUGCGCUGGAUCUGGAUAUUGAUGUUGAGAUUGAGUAG